GGAUCACUUCUGACACAACCCGAGCUUCAUCAGAGCAACACUGGACUCUGGUUUCUGUUUCAAAUGGAGCGGAGAGGAGACCUGACACCGCUGCUGUGCUGCUGCUGCUGGAUCCUCAUCAACUGCGCGCUGGCUGAAGACUGGACUCGUGUCCACACUGAGGACGAGCUCUUCAGGAGCUUGUUCGGAGGCUACAGCAAGUGGACACGUCCGGCACGAAACAUCACCGACGUGGUCAUCGUCAAGUUUGGCCUCUCCAUCGCACAGCUGAUAGACGUGGAUGAGAAAAAUCAGAUGAUGACGACCAACGUGUGGUUGAAACAGGAAUGGACAGACUAUAAGCUGCAGUGGACUCCCUCCGACUUCGACAACGUGACGUCCAUCAGAGUUCCCUCUGAGCUCAUCUGGGUGCCCGACAUUGUGCUGUACAACAAUGCAGACGGAGAGUUCGCCGUCACCCACAUGACAAAGGCCCAGCUCUUCCACACCGGUCGUGUCCGCUGGGUGCCCCCGGCCAUCUACAAGUCGUCCUGCUCCAUCGACGUCACCUUCUUCCCCUUCGACCAGCAGAGCUGCAAAAUGAAGUUUGGCUCCUGGACGUACGACCGAGCCAAGAUCGACCUGGAGCCCUUCGAGAACACCGUGGACCUGAAGGAUUACUGGGAGAGCGGAGAGUGGGCGAUUGUCAACGCCGUGGGCACCUAUAACACCAAGAAAUACGACUGCUGCCACGAGAUCUACCCUGACAUCACCUACUAUUUUGUCAUCCGCCGCCUGCCGUUGUUCUACACCAUCAACCUCAUCAUCCCCUGCCUCCUCAUCUCCUGCCUGACCGUCCUGGUUUUCUACCUUCCAUCGGACUGCGGUGAGAAAAUCACGCUGUGCAUCUCUGUGCUGCUGUCGCUCACCGUCUUCCUGCUGCUAAUCACAGAGAUCAUCCCGUCCACGUCCCUGGUCAUACCUCUGAUCGGGGAGUACCUGCUCUUCACCAUGAUCUUCGUCACGCUGUCAAUCGUCAUCACCGUGUUCGUGCUGAACGUCCACCACCGGUCGUCUGCGACUCACACCAUGCCUCGAUGGGUUCGGAGGCUUUUCCUGUCUGCGGUGCCACGUUGGCUGUGCAUGAAGCGUCCACAUCAUGGCCUCAAGCCUGUCAGUUUGGUUUGGCUCAGGGUUAACAUAUUCUUGAAACCAAACCCAAACUCACUUUGUUUUCUCAGGCGGCGCCACCUGACUGAUAAACUCCUCCCCGUCCGGACUCCUGGCCCCGCCCACAUCACAUCCACCUGGAUCACAGAGUCGAGCAUCGAUCUCCAUGGAUACCGGGGUGGUGACGGUUGCCACAGCAGCCACGAGCUGAACUCCUUGGAUACCAGAGAUAAAAUCCACUACUGCGACCUUCACGGUCACCCACACACUGACAACCUGGCGAGGUUAGGGGUGAAGACGAGGAUUUCUCCCCUCUCUCCUCCUUCCCCUCCAUCUCUUGGUUACACCCUCCUCCCGCAGAGACACUCCACACUCAGCUUGGACUGGGACACCCCUACUUCGGAGCGUGGUUCGAUCCAGAGCCCAUCGGCCUCUGUUCUGUCUCCUGCAGUGGUAUCAGCCCUGGAGGGGGUCACCUACAUCGCAGAGCAUCUGAGAGCAGAGGACGCAGACUUUUCAGUGAAGGAGGACUGGAAGUAUGUUGCCAUGGUUGUGGACCGGAUCUUCCUGUGGAUGUUCAUUAUCGUGUGUCUGCUGGGAACAGUGGGACUCUUCCUGCCUCCGUGGCUCUCUGGGAUGAUUUAGUUCUGCUCUUACUAUAAAAAGAUUUUAAACUAUUAAACUUGUAAACAACUUAAGCAGAGAAGGUGGACUGAUAUGUUCUGUAAGUAUGAAAAAAGACGUUUCAGUCACAAAAACUCAUGCCUCUUAUGUUUCCUAGGGAGGAAGGGAACACUUUUGCCCUGAUAUCCUUCCGUGGUUGAAAUUUCACAAUGUGAUGCAACCACUCAGUACAUGUAAAACUGGAAAUAUGCAGCUUAAUUGCAAUGAUGUUUGUUUUAGUCAGAAAACCCAAAGAUACUUAAUUUACAAUGACAUGUAACAGAGAAAAGCAGAAAAGACUCAGAUAUAAGAAGCAGAUGUUUGGUAUUUUGCUUGAAAAAUGGUCUUUGAAAUGCACAAACAGACAUUUCAUCUCUUAUACUGUGUAUGUCUCUUUCAUUUCUGCAGAAUAUGUUGAUUUCUUUGAGAUAAGUCAGCCACCUGUGACGUUAGGCUUGUUAACAGGUGAUGUCAAAGUCCAUCAGCCAAUACUGAGUGAGGAGAAAAACUGACAGAAGGUGUAAAGAGGACUGACAGUGGAAAAGAAAGAAGGAUCUGAUAUAACUAACUAGUCCUUGUGUUGGUAAAGCAAGCUCAGAGGAGGCAAAGUGUGACUUUAGCACUCACCAUCCUACAUGAAGAAAGCCAAGAAGAUGAGAGAGAAGAAGACACAAGAAGAAAUAGUCCCUUAAUAUGAACUCUAAGUAUUACGACUCUGAUUGGUUAAUUACACUGAAUUAAAGUAGCUGUUAAUCAUUACAUUUUAAAGUUUCUCUCCAGUCCUCAUUAUCAUGUCUUCUCCUUUAAUUACAAUGUGAUAUAAUCAGGUCACAGGUGACUUAAUCCCACCACAGUAAACUCUCUACUCUCUUUUAUUUAACCUCGUACUGCAGGUGAAAGCAGGUGUCAGUGUCAGAGAAUAAAGGCAGCUUUUACAUUUUAGAAUAGAUAAUCAGACUGUAAUUAAAUGUAGAUUAGAAACAGGAAACUGAAACGACAAAUGGUGCGGUGAAAAAGUAAUGUAAAGGUAUUUCAUUUGGAAAUUUUGGUGAACUAACCCUUUAAACUGUAUGAAAAGCAGUUCAUAUUUCUACCAGCUGGGCGCAGCAGUAUCACACAUACCAACACAGCUGGUGUCUUAACCCAUAAAAGCCUCAGGAGAAGUUGGUUGUUUGUAAAGUUGUGUUACUGUAGCAUAGAUACAAGUAGAAAAACUUAAAUACUACCACUAUAAAUACAACUGGUUCUACACCUAUGUAACAUUUAACACAAGAGUUGUUGUGUUGAUAACACAUAAUCAAGUCCUGACAUGUCCUUCAUUAUCUCUUAUCUCUGGUGUGAUCAAACAUUUCUUCCUGUUGGAUAACAAAGACAGAAAUUCUCUUUGACUGUGAGUUGUAAUUUCAUGCUCAGAUGACUGAAGUAGCGCGUGGUGGUUUUAUUCAACUGAAGCAUUCAGAUUAAUUCACCAAAAUCCGGUUGUUUACGUCAUUUGAAAGGAAGAAGGUGCUUUCAUUUUUCCAGGACUGACUGUUAUCGCGCUCAAAUCUAGUCUUAGCAGGCCCCAGCUAAAAAUACUACAUCAAUCAGUUGGAUAAUAAUGAUACAGCUUAAAUAAAAUCAUUAAUAUAAAUAAUUUGAAUACAAAGAUCAACAGAUAAAUAAUCCUGGGUGCUUGUUUUUUUGCACAGAGUGAGAACCUCAGAGUAAAGAGUCAAACCACUGGCCUAUGACUGUGUAUGUUCUCUGCAGAUACAUUAUUACAUAAAUUUUGAUACAAAGUUUUAUGCUUUUCUAAUAACUUGAUGAUGAAACACUCAUUUUUUAUUUUUCUGUGAAUUUCUUCUAGACAGAAAACUGCUGGAUGCAUGUUCAUUUUGGUUGUCUCCCAAUAAACAUUUUCCUUUCA